CAUAUCGCGAAGUUUUCAUCACACUCACAGCGAAAGAAAAAACGGAGUUUAGGCUCCGAUUCGAUAGUGUUUUUUGCUGUGGCCGUUGGAAGAAGGACCUAUCCUUAGACAACAUUUCGCCACAUCUGGUAUUAAUUUUCUGCUUAUAGUGAAAUUGUACCACCCCCCCCCCUUCCCAAGUGUUUCGUAUAUCACUCACUCACUGGGGUUUUUGACACGGGUGGCGGACCAAUGUCACGCGUGCCGCAGCGGACACGCAGAGCCUUAGAGAGCAUGUCAAACUGUGAUGGAAGAAAGUGGUCACCCUGCUCAGAAAGGGACAAUUAAAUUUUUUUUUAAAAAUUUGAAAUGAAAAGCGUCAGCAGCCUCCGUUAGAUACGAGGCGCUCAAUGUUACAAGCCACUUGAUGAAAGAGAAAGAAAAAAAACAAAGACUUUAGGAAUUAACUUUAAAAUGUGGUCAAUGGCCGAAAAUAUUUUUUUCUUUAAAAUGGUGCUUAUGCGAAAGUAAAAAAAAAAAAACAGCAACAAAGAAAGAAAAUAGGGAAACAAAUUGAGAAUUAUAUACAUUUAAAUGUUUUGGAAUCUUGAACAUUUUAUAAUCAUCCGUGAACUCAAAGUAUCAUUUAAUUUUUACUUUUUUUUUAAACUUUUUACAAUUUCUUUUGUUUGUUUUGUAGAAAAAUAGCUGUCGGCUCAAUAGUUCGCAGAGAAACAAGGACAGCGAAAUGUCCCAUUAUUACUUCGUAUUUAUCUCGUCUAACCACUUCAAUUAUUAUUCAUAAUUAAACAUAGAUUGAAGUCAAAGGUAAUUUUUAAAAAAAUAAAUAAUUAGGCUUAUUUAUCACCACAUAUACUUAAUGUUAUUUUCUCAACUAUUUAACCACAUAUCCACUCAACACAUCAUCUAUUUCAUAACACAGCCACCCUUUUACUUCACUGCUGAAAACUCUCGAUCAUUAUACAACUAUGCUUGACAUUGUGUGUGUUUGUUUUUUUUUUUGGUCUCUUCUCACCAUCUAGUCGCAUCCAACAUGGGCCUGGCCGUGUUUCUCUUUAACUCCUUUGGCUUGACCACCGGCUUCUUCUUCGGUACGUAUCUCAGACCUACGGGCAUCUGUAUGAGGCCCCAACCUGAGCACUUGUUUCACAUGCAGUGUUAACAGAUGAAAUUAUAUGGGAAUAUACUUGUUUCACAUGGUGUUAAUGUUAAAUAUAAUGGGAACGCUUGUGGUACCUUCAGUUUAACAAAUUAAUACCUAUGAGAGUACUUACGUAACACACCAUAAUAGUUUUUUUUUCCAGCUUGGUUUUACAUACACCCUAGCAGGCUAUUUUGAUGGGUUUUACAUGCAAUAUAGCAGGCUAUUUAGAGUUUUUUUGUUUUUUUUAACACAAAAUAAAAGGUUAUAUAUAUGGGAGCACUACUGUUUCAAUUAUAAAGUAUAAAAACUAUGGUAUAUGAUCGGAGAUAUUUUGUUACAUAUGGCUGAGCAUGUCUAGUGUAGAUUGGAUUAGUUGUGUUACACACAUUUUGAUACAAUUCAAGAAGAUUGUAGAGUUUAAGGUUACUCAAUGCAAAUGAAAUAAUAAAUAAUACUUUUAUUUUAAAAAUACAAAGAAGAAAAGAUAACUACUGUGGUGUCCUGGUUGAAAGGUUAUCAAACUUUUAAGUUUUUUUCUAUACAUAGAUAAUAUGUUUACUUUAGUAUAUAUAUAUCAACUAUGUUUAAUUUAUUCUAUGCAUCCAUUAUAUUUAAUGUAUUCCAAGCAUCCACAACGUUCUUUUCUUUAUAUCCACCAUAUUCAUUUUAUUAAACGCAUCCACUAUUUUCACUCCAUUCUAUCUAUCCAGCGGGUUCACUUGAUUCUAUCUAUCCAGCGGGUUCACUUGAUUCUAUCUAUCCAGCGGGUUCACUUGAUUCUAUCUAUCCAGCGGGUUCACUUGAUUCUAUCUAUCCAUCAGGUUCACUUGAUUCUAUCUAUCCAGCGGGUUCACUUGAUUCUAUCUAUCCAGCGGGUUCACUUGAUUCUAUCUAUCCAGCGGGUUCACUUGAUUCUAUCUAUCCAGCGGGUUCACUUGAUUCUAUCUAUCCAGCGGGUUCACUUGAUUCUAUCUAUCCAGCGGGUUCACUUGAUUCUAUCUAUCCAGCGGGUUCACUUGAUUCUAUCUAUCCAGCGGGUUCACUUGAUUCUAUCUAUCCAGCGGGUUCAUUUGAUUCUAUCUAUCCAGCGGGUUCACUUGAUUCUAUCUAUCCAGCUGGUUCACUUGAUUCUAUCUAUCCAUCGGGUUCACUUGAUUCUAUCUAUCCAGCGGGUUCACUUGAUUCUAUCUAUCCAGCGGGUUCACUUGAUUCUAUCUAUCCAGCGGGUUCACUUGAUUAUAUCUAUCCAGCGGGUUCACUUGAUUCUAUCUAUCCAGCGGGUUCACUUGAUUCUAUCUAUCCAGCGGGUUCACUUGAUUCUAGCUAUCCAGCGGGUUCACUUGAUUCUAUCUAUCCAGCGGGUUCACUUGAUUCUAUCUAUCCAGCGGGUUCACUUGAUUCUAUCUAUCCAGCGGGUUCACUUGAUUCUAUCUAUCCAGCGGGUUCACUUGAUUCUAUCUAUCCAGCGGGUUCACUUGAUUUUAUCUAUCCAGCGGGUUCACUUGAUUCUAUCUAUCCAGCGGGUUCACUUCAUUCUAUCUAUCCAGCUGGUUCACUUCAUUCUAUCUAUCCAGCGGGUUCACUUCAUUCUAUCUAUCCAGCGGGUUCACUUCAUUCUAUCUAUCCAGCGGGUUCACUUGAUUCUAUCUAUGCACUACAUCCGUAGACGUGACUACAUGGACUUACACAGCUCCACAGUUCCCGACAUGGAGCUUUAACUGGCCGUCUUCCGCGACGGCAUCUUACCCAUCAUCCUCAUCAGCACCAGCUUUCGACAGCACCCUGUCUGCCGGCACCCUGUCUGUUAGCACGACGACGGCGGUAGACAGCAACGUGCCUGUCAGCACGACAACCGCAGUAGACAGCUCCGCGUCUGUUAGCGCGACAACCGCAGUGACAACGAGUGUGCAAAGGGUACCGACUGAUUCACCAACACUCCCAAGCAGCACCUCAACCCCAGCUCCAGACGGCACCACAUUCCCUCCCAGCAGCAGCAGCGACGCAUUGCCAGGAGGAGACGCCCUUGUUUCCACCAAGUCUCCCCCAACACCCUAUCAGUCUACAAACAGUCCACCAACGAUAGCUAGCACAGAUGGCCCUACAAUGAACGAUGGCACAAGCAGCCCACCAGCCAUCACUGGCACAGAUGGCCCUACAAUGAACGAUGGCACAAGCAGCCCACCAACGAUCACUGGCACAGAUGGCCCUUCAAUGAACGAUGGCACAAGCAGCCCACCAACCAUCACUGGCACAGAUGGCCCUACAAUGAAC